AAGAAUGAAGUCGGUGCUCUGAAACAAGACUGAAACAUUUUCAGGGUUUUAAUGUUAAAGUGAGUUUAGAGCGACAGAGGUGAGAGCAGGUCUGGAAGUGAAGCAGCUGAGUUAGUUUGUAUGAGAGCGAGCAGACGAACACAGAAGAUCAAGAGUUCAUCUGUAACAUCAUCACAUGGAAUAGAGAGAGAGAACCCGGCUGUUGUUCUGCAGCUGCUGCUGAUUUACUGAUUGAUGAGGAGUCUCACCCACAGACAUGAACGCUGCUGCCUGCAGGGUCCCACUGAUCCAUCACGUUUCCCCGAACGUCAAAUAAUCAUGUGACGUCACAGGCCUCCGAACAAUUGAUAGUUUCCAAAACAGCUGCAGCAUCGUCCCACCAGUGAUGUCAGAGGCCACAGACGUCAAGGUCAGAUUGUGCGUCGCAAUCAGUCGAUUAGAGAAAUGAGAACUUUCCUGUGUUUGUCAACUGAUGUAAAGACACAACUCCACAUUUGAAAUCGAACCAACUGUAACAAAUCAGAGACGAGCUGAUAAAUAAGCAAAUAUCAGGUUGUUCAUUCUGAGGGGAGAUGAAAAAAGACAGAUGAGGAUUAUCUCUCACUCAGCAGAGUGUUCACACAUGUUGUUCUAGAUCAAGAGUUGGAUCCGGGUGAAUGAUUGUUCUCCAUCUUGUCCUACGUUGUGAAAUGAACCAAGUGUGAAGGUCUUUUGAUGGACUCAGGUGUUCUGCAUUAAGACUAAUCGAGCAGUUUACUGAUGUUUAAAAAAGACGAGUUGAUUCAAUCAUUGAUUUGUUUCUCUUGUUGCACACCGGUGCUCACUGACUGGAUGUGAAUGGGAGCGUGCAACAGUGCACAGCUGAUGAUUAUGAAAUACAGAGAGUGGAGGACGUGGAAGGUGGACAGACAAACGCAGCUGAGGACAUCAGUGAUUUUAGUUUUACGUUAGUAGGACUGUAAAACACUGUGACUCAGCUAAUGACACGUGAGCUGCAGUGUUUCUGUUGGUGACUGCAUGAUGAUGAACAAUGAUGAAAGUUUUUUAUAGAAUAUAUUUUAUAGUUUGCAAAUAAAGGGUCACAUUUGCUAUUUUACAACUGAAGGCUCAUCUCCACGAGGCCGCAUGAAGACAACAAAGUUCACAGAAGUGAAAGUUACAUCAAGCACUUGAGUAACCUCAGUUCUUUCCAGCGUGCACAACAACACACACAUGCACGAAACUUCACGUCCCAUCAUCCCCUCCUCUCCUCUCUCACACGUCACACACGCCCACCAAUCGUGGCCUGUGUUUAUCCUGCAGCUUCUAUAAACCAGACGUGCUCCACGCUGCAGGACUCUGCCACCACUGCCCACUUUAAAGUUCCCCAACAAGAAGCUUAGAUCUGACAACUGAUCUCAAGUUAAAGUCCAGCUCCAGGUCUCUGAGUUAGUUUAGAUCUGUCCCAUCAUGCGUGUCCAGUUUGUCCUGUGCGUCAUGUCCCUGCUGGCCUGCUCCUGUCUGGUGGCCGAGGCGCGGAUCACUAAACGCUUCGCCAUCGGCUGCCCGGACAAGUGCGACAAGUCCCAGUGCGCCCCGAUCCCCGCGGACUGUCUGGCCGGUGACGUGCUGGACCGAUGUGACUGCUGCCCGGUGUGCGCGUCCGGCGAGGGCGAGCCGUGCGGCGGCACCGGAGACCAAGAGUGCGCAGAGUCCAUGGAGUGCGUGGUGACCGACGGCGUGGAGGUGUCCGCCACCGUCCGACGGAGGGGCAAGGCCGGCGUGUGCGCGUGCACCAGCCUCGAGCCGGUGUGCGGCAGCGACGGCGUCUCGUACCGGAACAUCUGCGAGCUGAAGCGCGUCAGUAACCGGGCCACGAAGCUGCAGCAGCCGCCGGUGAUCUUCAUCCAGAGAGGCGCGUGUGGCAAAGGUAAGAGGG